AUGGCGCAGCAGCGCCGCGUCCAGCUUUCCACCCAGCGUCCCACCAGCACCGUCUGCGUGCUGGGCACCGAGCUCUCCCUUGAUGUCUGCGGAUCCGCACCCAAAGACGCUGUUACCUUCCACGUGCAGGGAACACCAGGAGUGAAGCUCUAUGUGGUGCAUGACACGCAGAGCGUCAAGCUGCCCUCCAGCGUGAGCCGCUGGCCCCUGGCCGCCGGUGCCGAGGUGCUGCUGGCCAUGGAUGCUCUCAGCAAGGAUGUGGGUGAUGAAAAGGUCAGGAUUUCAUAUUUCGGGGAGGCCGGCGGGGUGCCCGUGGGCAGAGCCAUGCUGUACCUCACCUGCGUGGAGGUCUCGCUGGAUGCUGACACCACCCGCGGUGGGACGGUGAGCAGGACGCUGCUGGAUAAGGCAACGUGGACGUGGGGUCCUGAUGGACACGGAGCCAUCCUGCUGGUGAACUGCGACCGCGAUGAUCCCGCAGCCACGACGCCGGAUAACAGCGACACCGCCAUCCGCUCUUAUGCUGACCUGAAGGACAUGUCGCAGAUGGUGCUGCGCACCCGAGGCCCCCGCACCAUCUUCACCGGCCACCGCCUCGUCCUCCACGUGGACUAUAGUGAUGCUGAUAAAGUCGGGGUUUUCUACGGCGGCAACAGUGUUGCACUGGAGGAGUACAAGCACGUCCUGGGGGGCUCGAAGCUCACCUACACCAUCAAACCCAGCCGGCAUCAGGAGGAGAGCAUCUUCUACGUGGAGGGACUCGCCUUCCCCGAUGUUGGCUUUUCGGGGCUGGUGGCUUUCCACGUCACGCUGCUGGAGAGCCCUGAGAAGGGGCUGCUGGAGACUCCCAUUUUCACCGACACCGUGGUAUUCCGCAUGGCUCCGUGGAUCAUGACCCCCAACACCUCAGCACCGCUGGAGGUCUUUGUCUGCAGUGUGGACAACAAUGAGGAUUUCGUGGCGGCUGUGGGUGCUGUGGCUGAGAAAGCCAAGUGCCCGCUCACUGUGUGCCCGCUGCUGGAGAACCGCCAGGACCGCUGGAUCCAGGAUGAAGUUGAAUUUGGUUACGUGCAAGCUCCCCACAAGACCUUCCCCGUCGUCUUCGACUCGCCCCGUGACAGGGGGCUGAAGGAUUUCCCUGUCAAGAGCAUCCUGGGCCCUGAUUUUGGUUACGUGGCCCGGCAAGCACUGGAGGGUACUUCCAGCCUGGAUUCCUUUGGGAAUUUGGAGGUGAGCCCCCCCGUGACAGUGCAGGGCAAGGAAUACCCCUUGGGCCGCAUCCUGAUCGGCAGCAGCUUCCCCAGGUUCGGUGGCAGGAGGAUGGCAAAGGCUGUCAAGGACUUCCUCACUGCCCAGAAGGUGCAGGCGCCAGUGGAGCUGUUCUCGGACUGGCUCGCUGUUGGCCACGUGGAUGAGUUCCUCAGCUUCGUCCCUGCGCCCGAUCGGAAGGGUUUUCGGCUGCUCCUGGCCAGCCCCAGUGCCUGCUACCAGCUCCUUAAGGAGAAGCAAGAGGAGGGCUUCGGUGAGGCAGCGAUGUUCCAUGGACUGGAAGGAGUGCCCAGGACAACCAUAACAGAGAUUCUGGCUGACGAAGGGCUCCGGAAAUUCAAUAGCUAUGUCCAGAGCUGCAUCAACUGGAACAGGGACAUCCUGAAGCGUUCGCUGGGCCUGAGCGAGCAGGACAUCAUC